UAAACAUAUGCACGCGUGACAAACCGUACCUGUCUGUAAAAAGAACCAGUGGAGCAGAAACAUCAGGGAAGAACAGACACGAUCAUCCGGCAACGAAGAGGAAAGAACACCACUAUUUUGUAGUUUAAGCCACCAUGGGUUGCGGUGGUAGCAGACAGACGCGAACGGUUGAGCCAAGUCCACAGCCAGUUCAGACAACAGCUCAAUCGACGGCUAACCCCGGAGUGGGAUCAAGCGCUUCGCCGAAUGUCGAUCAUCAAAAACCAGCGCAGAUCGAAAGCACAGCAGUGGAGAACGUUCAAGAGAAGGACAGUCAGGCCGAUGAACCCAGAACAGAUCAAGAUGCCGCGGUAGAUCAACCACAAAGCUCUGCCCCUGAGAAAGCAAACGAGACCGAACCUCGAGAGGAUCCUCUGGGCGCUGAAUCGAGAGAAGUACUGCGGGAAAUCCCUUUAGAUCACGACGAAGAACCAGCUAAUCAAGCUGAAGAGGAGACGAGUAAGGACGAAGGAGUCGUACAGGAAAGCCAAGCCGUGGAUGAAAGCACGGCUCCUAAAGACGAAGGUGAUCAGCAAGUGAAGGAAAGUGAAGAGGAAGCGGGGACAUCAGAGCAAGCCCCACCAGCGGAAACUAGCGGUGAAGAUAAAACUGAUGGAGAACACGCAGGAGAACAGAGUGAAGCCGAAAAGCCAGCAGAAGAAAGCGCAGUAGGUGAAGGCGAAACAGAAGCGCAAAAAGAAAGUGAACAGACUGCGCAAGUGGAAGAAGAGAAACCAUCCGAAGGAGAAAACGCGGAGGAAACGCAACCUGCACCCGAAGAAUCGAAACCCGCAGAUGAAGAUGCACCACCCGCGGACAGUGAAUCGCAACCGGCGGCUGAGGAAUCGAAUCCUGCGGCCGAGGAACCACAAGCUGAAGAACCGUCAGGAGAAGGAGAAGGACAAAAGAGUGAAGACGUCCAGCCUCAGGAAGAAACACCAGCGAGUGAAGACAGUUGAGAAAUUUUUAGCCCGGUUAAAACUACCAUUGUUCACAGUUCCAUUUUUACCACUUGAGUUUUGUUUUUUGUAUGUAUGUACACAUUCAUUUAGAGAUACAGGCACAAUCUAGAAGUCUGAUAAAUCUGAAUAAUUCAUCAGUCAAGAGUCAAAUUGGAGAAGGGGGAAGUUUACAUUUAAAAGGAGCUUAUUAGAAACGAUCAAGUUAGUAUUUAGACUAAAGGCAUUUUCCUACAAAAAUCGACUGCUUGCAGUCUAAGGCGGAAAGCGCGGGAAAAUUCAUACUCGCCAAAUCAUGAAUUACUUUGAUUUCGCAUCUGAUUGGCUAAGAAGGCAACAUCUUCGUUCUGAUUGGCUAGUCAAAGCACGAUGCACGACCCAACUUAUCAAACAGGAUUUCUUUAGACAGCCACUGUAUAUAAAACGAUCCAAUAUCCCGCUUACAGUUUAUUAGAGAAGCAAAGUACUGUAUUAUAAUUAAUGAAUUAGAGAGUAUUUUCUAAUUGUCAAGAAAACCCGCUACGAGGAUUGCCUAUUCCAACUUGUUACAGGCAUUCGGUAAGUCGGAGAGCAGCGCGAAUUCGGUAUUUCUUUUUUUCGCUAUUUCUAUUAUUCUUUAAGCAACCCACGCCUGGAACAGGCUAACAAAAAGAGAGUUGAUCACUCAAAGAGAUAGAUAGAAAAAGGACAACUAAACUUUUCAUUUUUUCAUAGCGCGAUAAUUUUAUUUCUCUCUUGUGUGAAAAGUGUAGUUUAUAAAUCCCAAGAAAUCGUUUCAACAGAAAACAUUUAAAAGAUUACUAGGAUCAGGGCGGUGUAUGAUAUAACUUUAAAGUGUGAUUAGUAAAAAACGCUAGUUAAUUAAUUUUUCAAUUUCAGCCAGAUUAUAGUUAUUUUAUAUAAUUUCAGAUUUUAAGUGGCCCAUACGUAUAGCAAAAUUAGUAUUUGAUGAUAUUUUGAGAAACAGAAACUUUCAAUGGAAGAAUACAAAGAUGCAAUGUUAUUUCUGAAUCAAAACGUCUCAAUUUCAAAUAAAAUAACUUAACCCAGUGGA